AAUUAGAAGCACAAGCUUCGAUCGUACAUAAAAAAGAGCACCAUUUGUCUGAAAACGAACGACGGAUGGUGGAAAAACUGAUUAAUAAAUAUGGUGAAGAUUAUGAAUCUAUGUUUAGAGAUAUAAAACUUAAUGUGUAUCAGCAUACCGCUGCUCAACUAAAAAAGAAAU